AUGAUGAGUGCAGGCAGCCAGGGACAGCAUGAUCAGCAGGAGAUCAUCAGGCAGCAGCAUCACGAGAUGAACAUCUCCUUCGGGAUGAGCCCCCAUCACCACCAACAACAACAACAUCAUCAUGCUGCCCCUCCUUCCUCGUCUUCCUCUUCCUCCAUGCACGCGGCAGCUGCGAGCUUCAUGAGCGGCAAGGAGGCGUCGGGGGCGUAUGACCAGCUGGGGGAGCUGGACCAGGCGCUGUUCAUGUACCUCGACCAUGGCCAUGGCGGCCAUGCCUCCUCGCAGCAGCACGAACAACGGCAGACCCUCAACAUCUUCCCUUCCCAGCCGAUGCACGUUGAGCCGUCACCCAAGGGGGAGAUUAGCCUAGUCCUGUCGCCAGCGCCCGUGGGAUCCAAGAUGCCGAGGUCGUCACCGGAUCACCAUCACCACCAACAGCAGCAGCACGCGGCUGCGGCGGCCAUGGAGGAGCUGGCAGCUGGGAGCAGGAGGCAGCAGCAGCAGGAUCACCAUCACCUCCACCACCUGCAGCACCAACAACCCGGCUUCGCUGCUGAGCAUUCUGCAGGAGUCGGCAAGGAUGUCAAGCCGGUCACCAAGAAGGAACACAAGCGGAGCUUAUCCACCGGUGAACGCGAUCCAAAAACGCUGAGAAGGCUAGCCCAGAACAGGGAGGCGGCAAGGAAAAGCAGGCUGAGGAAGAAGGCCUAUAUCCAGCAACUUGAGUCCAGCAGGAUCAGGCUGGCCCAGAUCGAGCAAGAACUCCACAGUGCAAGAGCUCAGGGAGUGUUCUACCCAGGCAGCAACCUCCUGGCCGAGCAAGGCCUCACAGGAAAAGGGCUCGGCGGCAUCGACGGCCUCAGCUCAGAGGCGGCGAUGUUCGACGUGGAGUACGGGCGGUGGCAGGAGGAGCACUCCCGGCUGAUGUACGAGCUGCGGGCGGCGCUGCAGCAGCAGCUGCCUGAGGGAGAGCUGCAGAUGUACGUGGAGAGCUGCCUGGCGCACCACGACGAGGUGCUCACCAUCAAGGACACCGUCAUCAAGGGCGACGUCUUCCACCUCAUCUCCGGCGUCUGGAGGAGCCCCGCCGAGCGCUGCUUCCUCUGGCUCGGCGGAUUCCGACCCUCCGAGGUCAUCAAGAUGCUGCUUGGGCACGUGGAGCCGCUGACGGAGCAGCAGAUCGUGGGGGUGUACGGGCUGCAGCAGUCGGCGUUGGAGACGGAGGAGGCGCUCAGCCAGGGCCUCGACGCGCUCUACCAGUCCCUCUCCGACACCGUCAUCGCCGACGCGCUCGGCUGCACCCCCAACGUCGCCAACUACAUGGGACAGAUGGGGCUCGCCAUCCACAAGCUCUCCACGCUCGAGGGCUUCGUGCGACAGGCGGAGAACCUGAGGCAGCAGACGCUGCACCGGCUGCACCAGGUGCUGACGACGCGGCAGAUGGCGCGCUCCCUGCUCGCCAUGGCCGACUACUUCCACCGCCUCCGCGCCCUCAGCUCCCUUUGGGUCUCCCGGCCGCGCUCAGCCGCGGUGAGUCUAGGGGAGGUCGUCGGACUCCCGCAUCUUGGUAGCUGGCGGCGUUGUCCUGCGCUCCUCGCGGUCUUCGCCAGCAACCUUUUCGGCCAUUGUGCCCCCCCGCCCGGUCACGACCCCGCCCGCCCGUGCCCGCUCCGGCCACCCACGCCCGGCCCCGGCCACGGCCACACAGGCCCCGUGCACGUCCGCCUUGGACACGGCCGCCCCACGCUCGGCCACCUGCCCUCGCGCCCGCCCGCGCCGGCUGCCUGCGACGGCAGCCCGUGCCCGCCGGCUGCUCGGUCGACCACGCCCCGCGGCCGCCGGCUGCUCGCCCGCGCCCAGCAGCCGCUCCGCCCGCUGCCCCCGCAUUUCACCCACUCCAAAUUCCGGCGAAUUUUAGCUCGACGCCGGCGACUCCGGUGA